UUUAUUGAUCUAAUUAUUUUUUUCUUCAUAAGAUAAAAAUUCCUUAUGUUUUAUGUAUCAAUCUUUCCUUUUUUACGUGUUUAUUUUAUUCAUCUAUAGUAAAUGUCAGUUUUUAUUUGUCAUUUUGUAGGUCAAAUGAAGUCUAGAUUGUUCAUGUGCCCCUGAAGGCCUUAAUUUUCUGGAUCGGGUGUGUGAGAAUAAGAAUAGAGGGAAGAUGAACUCUGGAGUGUGGUAGAUCUGUAGAGAUGCCCAUGCUUGUUUAGACAAUGCCAAAGCUGAUGAUCUGAAUCUGAUCUUGUGUCAGAUGGUGGUUCACUCAGUAUAUUGGGGUUGGGGUGUUGACAUAAUAAUCCUGUAUUGAUAAUAGCUCUUUCUCUGUGUUUAGUAAAACAGAAGUGUGAAAUAGAGGGGGUUUAUGUGAUCCUGACGCAGAGCUUCUGAAACAGGAACCUCAGCCCUGUUUUUACAGAAUGUGAGAAGAAAGCUCAGAAAUGAGCCUCAGGACAGCAGGUAAACAUGUCGACUGGAGAAGGUGGAUUAGUUCUCACACCACUGUGCCAAGGCUUCCUGAAGAAAAGAAAAGACAAAAUGAGGCUGAGGUGGGUGACCUACUGGUUCAAACUUCACAACACAACCCUGUUCUUCUACACCAAGAAAAAUGGAUCUACUUUGGAUCUUAGAGGAAAGUAUUACCUGUUUGAGGUUGAAUCCGUGCAGGAGGUGAUGCGGACUGAGAACAAGCGCUACCUUUUUGAACUCACGAUGAAAAACGGGAAGAGGAAAGUUCUGGCUGCAGACACAGCAGAUCUCAGACAAGAGUGGAUUUGCCAGCUUCUGAAAGCCAUGAACCAUUCCAGCCUUCACACCACUCAGCUGACCUCUGACAGGUUUCGUGAGAGUUUUUCAGAUCAUGAACAGAGAGCUGAUUCCAACCCGUGCAGCAGCAGAAGCAGCUUCAGCUCAACCUCAGAGAGCAGCAGUUUCAGAAGGCCUAACUCCAACAUGUCUGACUAUCUGUGGUCCAGCAGCACCAGCUCUCAGACUGCUUCCCAUCACACUCCCCAGCGCUUUUCCACUUCUCAGGAUAUGACCAGCCUUGGGAUCAGUCAGCAUCCAGAGGAUGAAGUGGAGCAUAAGAUGGAGGAGAUUAAACUGGAGAGUGAUUAUGACGUCCUGCCUGCUCCAAAAUCACUGAAUUAUGAAGAAGCCAUUUAUGAUACGCCUCCAUCCAACCGGCGAGCCAGCGGCAGAAAUCACGAAAUGACUGAAAGCAUCUAUGAUGUCCCGAAGUCCAUAUUUAUGAGAGCAGAUGGUGAUGAGAGGCCUGCCAGUGGAGGGCUGCUUAUAGAUAUGAUGGCCUGUCUUGGGGAGAGACUCAGUGAUCUGGGGCAGAGCAGCUAGCUGCACCAAGAGUCAGCUGUUAACUCUAGAGCAUCAUCUGGACAUAUCCGGUUACAAUACUAACCAGCAAGACUUUGUUUGUGAAUUAAUGUGAAUAUUAUUUUUCUUUACAGUAUUAUUUGUAACAUUUUAUAAUAAGGAUCACAAAUAACAGAACCUACAACAGUAAUAAACAUUGUUAAACGGUUACUCAA